AUCCGGUUCGGUAAAUCCGAACCGAACCAACCCAAACCAAAUUUAAACCGAACCGAAAACGAAAUAUGUUUGUUCGGUUCGGAAUUCGGAAUGGAGAUAGCCAUAUUUCUGAAACCAAGUUCCUCUCGACCGAACUGUAAUUCCGAUCACCGAACCGAAUAACCGAAUUAAUAUAUGCAGCCCACAUAUCAGACUUCACCCCUUAUCACAACUGACCCUGGGCCUCGGCCCAACCUCUAACCCCUCACACAGCCCACCCGUCCCUAACCCUAAGGGGAAAAAAGAAAGAUACAAGCAUUAGCUAGGGAUUAAUUUUAGAGCCACUCAUCUCUCAUCUCCACCCUCUCGCCGAUCAACCCAACUCUCCAACGGCCGCCGCAACGGGAUUCUUCUCCUUCUUCUUUUCUGAACGUCCCACGCCCUUUCCACUCUCAGUUUACUUGUCCUCGCCCGACACCCACUGUUUAAAGUUUAAACCCAGAAAAUCAACAAAAAGACAAAACCUCAGAUUAGCAAACCUAGAAAAAAUCAGAAUCAAACAAAAACACAAACAAAUGUUGAAUCGAAGGAGAGUCCGGAUCUGUUCUUGCUUCCCGCGGCACGCAUGUGUCAUCGGUGGCCUUUGCUGACCCCGGCGGUGCAUGUGUCAUCAGUAGCCUCUGCCAGUGAGUCGGUGAGAGGGAAUCAACGAGAUUGGGGGUGAUUGGGGGAGAUUGUUGAAUCUCUGUCGAAGGUAGAGGAUGAGAUGCAUGGUUGAGGUUGGGGGAGUCGGGGAGAAGAGACGAUGGUCGGAGAUAGAGGGAGAUGAGACGAAUCGAUUUGGGGGAGAAUGAAGAGUCAUGGAGGGUUGGGCUUUGUGGGAGCUGGGAACGACGAAGAGGCAGGGAGGAAUUCCUAGUAUUUUGGCUCUGCUUAUUGGCAAUGGAGAUUUGAUUGUGGGAAAGAGGUAGAGUUAGAUAGCUAGAGAGAGGGAGAAAAAGCGGAGAAGAGCAAAAAAGAGGGGAGAGAGCGAGAUAAUGGGUGAAGGCAAAGAGGGGAAGUCUUCACUCUUCAAUGCUGCAUAAAUUCAGGUUUGACGGAAAAUCCGAACCAAACCGAGCUAUAUUUCGGUUCGGACAAUCCGAACCGAAGUAUAGCCCUGUUCGAAUUCGGUUGGGGUAUCUGUAAUUUCAGAAAAUCGAUAUAUACUAGUUCGGUUCGGUUCGAACCGAACCGACCGAAUUUCCACCCCUAGUCGAACUCCAAUCAAAUCAAUAAACCUCAAAAUACUUACUUGAUCGCCUCAAUGACUAAACUAGUUUAACAAUUUUUCCACAGAAUGAACGGUGCUCCUCUCUCCCAUUCUACGUUCAACGGUAAGAUCCAGUGGAGAGUUCCGGCUGGAAGGGAGUGGACAACGGCGGAAGCGAAACCCAGCGCCACAGCAAUGGAGGACGUGUCAGAUAUUGAGACCAGGACCGACUCGUUAAACGCCUCCAUAAUCUUCCAUGUGAUCAGAGAUGUAAUCGGCUUCGUCCUCUACAUGCACCAGCAAAUUCCUUCCGUUUUGCCGGAUCUUACCACUGAAUUUGAUGAUCUACAGGCGGAGUAUAAGAAUUUGGAGGCUGCACUUUCCCCGUGUGAGGAAGCAAAGGGUUCUUUCAGAAGGAAACAUGCAGGGAGAAUGAGAGAUAUAAAGCGUGGAAUCAGAAAACUUCAGAAGUUGAUGGAUACAGUUAAUGGUCUUGAUACUGCACUCCAGAUGAUAAUUAGUGAGGUUCCUGGAGUUGAGAGUGCAAUUUUGAUCCUUGGAUCCAGUCCAAUACGACCUCAUCAUGUAUAUGAGUUCAGCUUCACACACGGAUAUGAUGUGGCAACGAAUGCUGGUGAUUUCACCAAAAGCAAAGCAGCAGAAGGGCUUGCUAGAAAGGCUAUCCGAGUGUUGAUCUCCAAAGGUGCUGGAUCUGGCUCUUACCCAGGCCCUACAAAGUUGUUUCUACUGGUGAAAGCACCGUCUUCUUUCAACUCACCUCUUCAUUUUCUUCCGAAACGUGACUUCAGAUAUAGCAAAAAGGUAGUACCUUUCAGAGUACGACUCAAGUGUCGAAGCCUUGCUCUUGCAUUGGAUGACCAUGCUUCUCUUCCUAGCAGCAGCUCUAUUGGUUUGGGAGACUUCAAUUCACAUGAUUUAAUCUGGUUUCAAUGCCGCCAUGUAAUCAAGGGCCUCACAUUCAAGAUUCCAGACGAAGAAUAAGCAGGUUUGUUUGGCCUUUCCACCAACCGAUGCAUAGUUUUGAUCUCCUUCUGAAGCUAGGGGUAUUUUCCAUCAUAUUCGGGUUACGAACAAGUUGUGAGACAGAUGGGCUAUUGACCAGAGCUUAUGAAUUCAGUUAACCAUGAUGUGCAUAAAUGAACAGGAUAAGUUUAG